AUGCAGCCAAUUGAAAGAAGCUCGUGGAGUCCACGAGCAACACUGCCAACAAAGGCAUACAACAAAGAAAGGAAAUGGCCCUCGACUCUAUUGUAUUCUGAUUUUUUUUUUUUGUACCAUUUAGCCUUUCAUCCCACGCUUCACUCAUCCGUUUUACUUUUGCUUUGGUGCCGUUUUUUAUUUGGUUUGUUUCUCUCUUCAUUUUCCUUGCUUUUUCUGCCUGUUUUGGUCUUUCUCAAACCUGCGUUCUUUGUGUUUUCGAUCUUCGAAUCGAUCUCAUCUUUGCGUUUAAAAUCCCUGGAAAAGUUAAUUGUUCUUGCAGAGUUGGCUUUAAAACCCUUAAAACCUGAGGGUCAGUGCCCAUUGAAUUGGUUUUUUGAUAUUCUCAGGGUGGAUUUCUUACCUCCAAGAUUUGUUGAUCAUUAUCAAAGCAAUUUAUAUAUGCUACAAAGUGCUUUUGCUGAAAUUGGAAAAAAAAAAAAAAAAGGGUUUGAGGACGUGACAUUAUUUAACGUCAAUUUGGUUCUAUUUGCAUUGCAAGGUUCUCUAGACAAAAGUGGUUUAUUCUAUUCUCUUUUGCUUGGAGCACUCAAACACUCUCAACGAAGACCCACUUUCUCCCUCUCUGUCAUGACAAUUCCUGCAAAGAACCAAGCCCCAGAGAAGCUAAACCACUACUACCACAACCAACUGAUCCAAAUCCAAUCAAUCAUACCACAGCCCACGCAAGAACCAUGCUACCACCAAUAGAUAAGUAAUUUACUCUACAUUAAAUUUCAAAAGUCAUUUUUAGGCCUGUGUAUUAACAAUUUUUUUUCCAAUUGUUUUGCUAACCAAUCUCUUCAAAGGAAUUCGCUGCUACCAAUACAUGUACAAUCUAUCUUCUUUUCACCUGGUCUAAAUACAUGACUAGUUACAUGCCUGCCCACUGAAGGGUUAAAUUGGACAUCAAAAAAUAUAACUCCACAUGCCCUUACUAAAGAUGCAGCGUCUCCACAUGCCUUAAUUGAGUCAAGGAACACCAUUCUUUAGCUUAAUUAAGGCAUAUGGAGAAAUUUUAUCUCUGGUGGCACCUUCCCCAUUUAUACUUUGGAUGUUCAUCUUAAAACCCUCAUUGAAUAGGUAAGCAAUUAGUCAUGCGUUUAAAGCAGGUCAAAAGUACAAGGGCUUUGUAUAUAUAUAUAUAUAUAUAUAUAUAUUAGUAGCAACUGAUUCCUUUGAAGAGAAAAGAUGGAAAUGAUGAUCUUUGUAUUACACCAAGACACCAAAUCAGGUGUAUCUGAUCCAUCUUUCUCCACCUUUUUAUUUCAUUUUUAGAAUAAAAAUACUCGAAGGUUAAGUAAUAAUUUUAACUAUUGUUCGUAUUAAAACUAUUUAACUAAAUUAUGCUAUUUAAACCAAAACAUAUAAACAAUAUGAUAUAAUUUUGACAAAAAACAUCCAAUCACAUUAUUACAUUUUCAACUCGAUUCAAUGCUAUAAUCUAUUAAUUUCCUUAGCAAUCACUUUUAUUUUAACAUGGUUUGUCAUUUAAAAUUACUGGUCAUCUUGAUGUGUCUGGAAUAUUCAGUGUGUACAUAAAUGCAAUAAAGAUUAGAUAAUGUGAUGCUCACUGUUUUUCAUCACCACAAUCUCUAAAUUAAUGGUACAUGUAGUUUUACUUCUCUAUCACAUUCCAUUUUAAAUUGUUCAUAAAUACAAUGAAAUCAUAUAAUCAUAUAUGUGGUUAUCAUGUGUUUUCCGAUCAAAUAUUGCCUGUGGAAUUCACCGUAUCCAGACUAAUUACCUGUGGUGCUCUUUGUCAUAUUUUUUCUGUUCAAAUUUCGGUUUUGCGGCUUUAGGAGUUUUGUUUCUAACCUCAGAUCUUACAUUUGGUUUAAUUUGAUUUUGGUUUCAACUUCAGGAGUCAAAACACUUUUUAGGGUUAUAAAUAGAUUUCCACAUGUAUAUAAAUAAUAUUGUUUUAAUGGUUUGAAAAAUAUGGAGAAGUUACUACAAAAUUAAAAUUCAAUGGUAGUUUAUUGGUAUAAAUUAUGUUACUCUCAAUAAUUUUUCUGUCAUUUUUCACAAUGCCUAUUUUCUUUACAGGUUACAUAAAGCUCAAGGCUUACAAGUAAGUUCACCAUUUAUUCUGUUUGAAGUAUUUUUAGUCUUUGUAGCUGACAAAAUUACAUCACCUCCAAAGUUGCAUACAAGGAUUACAAGUUUUUUUCUAUUCUUUGGUAUUCAUUGAUUAAGUUGUUCAUUUUCUUAUUGAUUAAAAAACUGUGGUCUAUAUUUUUCAGUUUUGUUUUAGCAUUUGACUUAAUGGGUUUGCGUGCACCUAAUCGCAAACCUUUCAUUUCCUCAUGAUUUUGCAAUUCACUAGAUUUAACUUUGGUAGUCUUUCAAACAUAAUUAUUUAUGCAAUUUGUAAUCCUGCAGCAACGUGCGGGUAUUACUAUCUAGUUUCAUACUAAUCUUUUCAUGGUUCGAUUUGGAAAAUAAGUAUGAUUAUGUUCCAAAUUUUCAAAAGACUGCUACUAUUGUCCACACCACAAUCACAUUUCAAGAAAAAUAAUGUUAUGAUUACGUUUUUCUUUGAAGUGACUAUACUUAUGACCACAUAAAAAUGUUUCCACAAAAUGUUCAUUUAGUUCGGCAGUUUAUAGUUUUCAAAGAAGGCAAAUGUAGUGCAUGGUUUUUCUCCAAACUCCACAUGAUGGUUAGUAAGAAAGAGAAAAUAUACUACAUAUUUCUUUGAGAAAUAUCCAGAAAUAGGACAAUUUCUUAAUCUUAGGACAAAAAUAUGACAUUUCAAAUAUGCACAUGUCAUGCACAACAAUAGAACAGAAAUAUGAUUUUUUUUUCUACACCUUGAAAUAACCAAAUUGCCCUUCCAUGUAAAUGGGUUAUCUAGAAAUUUCAGCCCUCAUUUCUCAUUUUAUAAAGAGAGAGAAACAGAGAGGGGAGAGAGAGAGAGAGAGAGAGAGAGAGAGAGAGAGAAUCUCUCUCACCUAAUUCCAGUUCGAAGAAUCCUAACCCACCCAUCUUCUUCAUCCAAGCUUCCUUUCUUUCUCUCUCGCUCUCAUCUCUCUUUACAUUUCGAAUAUGCACAAGAGCUCUCUCUCAAACCCACCCAUCUUCCUCGGUUUUUACCUUUUCAUUUGUUGGUUUUGUGAAUUGGGUUUGCUUAAUUUUCCUUUUUGAUUGGUGGAUUUUUGGAGUUGAAGUGAUUCGUUUGGUGUUUCUUGGAGGUCCUUCAAUUUUGAUUUUUGAUUUUUGAUUAUUUCUUUAAUUUAUAUGUGGGUUUUCAUUUCUUCUGUCUUCUUCCUCCCUCUGCUCUCUUUCUCAAUCCAAAUUUACGAGCACUUGAAUAGGGUUUGGCUGUUGCAAUUAAAUUAAAAAAAUGUAUUAAAGGUCAGUUGCCUUUUGGAGAAGAGAUAAAUUUGAGGGAAAAGAGAGAAAUUAGAGUGGAAAGAAGGAAGAGAAAAGGAUAUGGACAAAAUUGUUUUACAUACUCGUUCGCUCUCUUCGUAUUAAGCUUGCUUAUACAUUGUAUGUACACGAUAUAUACAUGACAUGCACAUGACAUGUACAUGUUAUACUCACAAGUCUGAGUUCAACCCAAAAACCCAUAGCUCACAGCUCUUUAUUUGAAAUUAGAAAAAUGACCCUAAAUUUUAUGUGAAGAAUCAAAGAUUCAUUAAUUUGAAUUUGGUAUAAUUUGAUUGGGUUCAAAUAUUUCAAGGAUUUGAAAAUUGCACUUUGAAUGGGUAUGAAAGAACCUAAUUGAACCAAAGGAAAUUGUUUCACGAACUUGUUCGCUUUUUUCGUAGUUGCAUUGCCUGCCUCUGAAUCAAAGGAAAAAAAGUAGUAAACUAUGUUAAUGCAAGAAUAUCAAAGAUGUAAAUAUGCACCAUAUACACUAUAUGCACACCACAUUCACACAAUAUGUACAUACAUGCACAUGAUAUGCACAGAACGAGAGAAACUUUAACAUCACAUAUUGGUCUAGUGGGUACAAUUAAAACAUAAUUGUUACGUAUAUAAGGUUAGAAUGACAGUUUAAAAAGUCUUGUUACGUAUAUCAACCACCACUUAACCAUGCACGUGGAAAACAUGAUACUUGUUGUCAUUAUUUCAUGGACACGCAUGACCUUUUACAUCCUCUAAGCUUUUUUUUAUUUAUUUUUUUAUUUAUGUUUAAUUUUGUUUUUCGCUGAGGCCAACUAGGUUGUAGUCAUACUCGCUAAAUUUCAAGGCACAACAUAUGUGCAUCAUAAGUAGUGAACACUCCCUUUUCUCAUAUUAAGAUGUAGCCAUGAAUAUCAUUUGCACAUUAUGGAAAAAUUUUCACAAAUUUAUGCAAUUGAACACUUGAACCAUAAAUUGUUCUAUCAUAGUUUUGUAGCACAUCAAAACUUGAAAUUUAUUACACAACCCAUAGUCCAAACAUGAAACACAAACCCUAGUUUACUUCUAAGUAUUAAUUCAUCUUACAAACAACUCAUUUAUUCCAUAAAUCAUUGAUGAAGGAACUUGGAACUAAACACCCUACCUUACUAUAUUUGCCAAACCUUGAGUCGCGGGAAAAAAAUGGAACUUUUUGGCCAAAAUAGAAAAUAUGGUACAAAACCCAGCUCACUCUUCUCACCUCUCUCUCACAUCCAUUUGUUUGAAAUUAGAGGUAUGAGGUCAACCCAAAACCCAGGUUACUCUUCUCGCCUCUCUGUGGACUAUUCUUAUCUUUGAAAUUGGAGCUCAGAGAUCUGAGCUUAACCCAGUUCCUUCUCUUCCAAAUGUGGACAGUGAUGCAUUGGACUGAUAAUUGUUAGUAUUUAUAUGUGGGUAUUUUAGUAAUUUCGAUUUUAUGCAUGGUGUACAUGGUUGAUUUGUCCUAUUUCUGUCACAAGAUUAAAAAAUUGUUCCCAUUUUGAGGUAUUUUCCUAUUUCUUUUUCUAGUCAGACAAGAACCAAUAUGCUUUGAAGUUUUUUCCAAAAUUAUAUUUCCUGUAAACGUGUAUAUUAGACCAACGAAACCGCCGUCCCGCAAAACAAUUUCAUUCCUUAAAAUUCUAAUUAACCGGGGAACUUGUUUAUAGCACUACCAUGACGAGUUUUGCCCGACUACUUUUGGCCAGUGAACUUCCAUCGCUUAAAUUAUCUUGCGACGACUUUGGGUUUUGGACGACGACUUUUUUCCAUCUGGUAAAUUGUUUUUUCUUGUAGUGAUAAUAUUUACAAGGUUUGGCAAGUUUGCCUACGUCCUCUAGGCAAUAGUAGUUGUUUUGCUCAUUAUUUGAAAUAAUAGGAGUAUAAAGAAAACUCUUACUAUUUUCUAACUCUCUAGCCUUGGCACAACUUACAUGAAUUUCUCUAUUUUUGUUGUGUUCUUCAAUGGUACAAAUAUAUCUCGUUAUAGGGAGGUUUUCAAUUGUUUGUACUAAAGAUAGACGCGAUAUUACUACAUUUAUUAUCCCUAAAUUCAUAUUAGUAUUCUUUUAUAUGUAAAUUGGGUCAAUUGAGUUAUUUAUGUAUGAUGACGAGUUUUGCUGCCAAGUGAGUAUUAUUUGACUUAUAUGCAAAUUAUAAUAGAAUAUUGACUUAUACAUUUAUUUGGAAUCAUAAGAAAAUAAAAUGGGAUGAUUGGUUUGUGCUUAUACAUGUACCAUACUUCACCAAUCCCGAAACUACUAAUCACCGGUCAA